GUCACGUGUCUCAGCGUGCGGACGUGAUCAACAGACUCUGCUGAGCUAAUGGGUGAGAACAUGCUGUCCUUUAGGUUAAGGUAAAAAGGGCCUGUCUUCAUCAGUAUGGCGAGUGUGCUCUGCAGGAGGGCCAGGCAGGUGAACCGGUCAUCUGUGGUUCGAGCACUUGUUCAGAGAGUUAGAGAAUUUUCAGCUGCUGGGUCAUCUGGAUCAGAUGAGCCCUUUAUAGCCAUACCAUCUCAAAACUCAGCAGGUCCUAGAACAGUAUGGCCGGAUGAGGCGAUGGGUCCGUUCGGACCUCAAGAUCAGCGUUUCCAGUUGCCAGGCAACGUUGGUUUUGAUUGUCAUCUGAAGGGUACGGUCUUACAGUUUACAGGACCGGUCCACCGGACUGUACCGGAUGUCUUGUCGGCUACAUCCAGCUCUGAGAGACAUGAGUUUAUACUUGCUCAGUUUGUUAAUGAAUAUCAGGGUAAAGAAGCAUCUCUGUCGGCACAGGCGGUCAGUAAAGCUGAACACUAUUUUAGGUUCGCAGAUGUAGAAUGUUUAAUGCGAUCCUGCCCAGAGCUUCUUAGGAAAGAGUUAGAACUGUUCUUCCCAUCGCUACCGAUGAGUCCCAUCACUGUUGUCACGGUAACACAGAAAAACUGCAAGCUGGAUACAGAGGAAGUAGAGCGAGCGCAGGAACAAGUGUUAGAUAACUUUGUCAGUGGUGCUAAAGAAAUCUGCUUUACGCUGUGGCGAGGAGGAUACUGGGCAGAUUUCAUCAAUCCAAUGUCAGGGAAGGCUUUUUUUGGUGCUCAGACACAGGACACUGUAUGGCAGGACGACGUUCAGCGUCACGCCGGUUUUCACAUCGAGGACCUGGCAUCUUGCACACUCAUACAUCACAUUUUAAAUGGGCCGCCGACGUUUGUGUUGACUCUCAUCACUAACGCGCCUUCAAACAGUCUGAUCAUGGAGAAACUUCAGGGACGCUCCAAAGCUUCAGAGGAAGGCAACUGAUGUUUUUUAACUUGAGUUUCAGAGAUGAACUGUACUUUUUUUUCUGUCACUUAAAUAUAGGGAACUUUGACUAAGAACGUGCUGCUUGUGAUGUUACAAAAAUCUUUGUUGAGGAUUUUUUGUAAUGGUUUGAUGUCAUUCACAAAAGGCACACAGCAGGAAUGUGAUUUAUUUAUAAUAUAAAAUCAAAUAUGAACAAUUGCAGUAUUGUCUACACACUCACAGAAUAAAAUCAGGACUGAAACCACGCAAUGUUAUGAACCAUUAGCCUUGUUUCAGACUGUCGACUUGAGCGAUCGUAGUGUUGGUAAAACGUUGUCUAGAUUCUGGACGUCUGAAAGACAAAAAAAAAAUCUUUGUCUGAAAAUAUUUUCUGUAUCAACUUUUCUUUUAGUUUUUUAUUAAACAAACGCAAAACAUACAAACUGCUUGAAAAAAAUGAUUUGCAUAAAACUCCCAAGUUUGGUUAGCAGUGUUUUCUUAAUGAAAUGUAAAUAAAAUGUUUGUCCUCA